AUAUGAUUGGAUAACAUAUUAGAUAACAAACUUUACACGUUUUAAAGCUUUUCUUCUCAAUUAUGGGCAGCUUCUUAAUACUGUGUAAGGUCUUUGUUGUCCAUCAUCUUUCAAACAGGCUAAAAUAACUCCGUGAAAGUUUUUUUUACACUGGUUGCAGUAAACAUUAACUGUGCACUGAAACUGCAGCUCCCCGUUGUGUCAUUUUUUAAGAAUUUAAUCAAGGGUUUAUUACGCUGCCAUGGAAACAGUUUUAUAAUGUGGGCUCACAGUGUAUGCUUGUUUUAACCUCUGAACAGUCACCAGGGUAACGGUUAGCAUGACAACAGUUAUGGCCAAACAUGCGGUGCUUUCAUCGGGUGCAAAAAUGUGGAGAUCUCUGGCCUGUGCAAAGUCAGAGCUGCGUCUGGAUCUCACUCUUGCCUGUGGACAAACUUUCCGCUGGAGAGAAACUGCAGAGGGCCACUGGACUGGAGUGAUGGGAGGACGAGUUUGGACUCUGACUCAGACAGAUGACACUCUUUGGUACCACGUUUACAAAAACCAAGGCAGGCAAGAGGAUGGAAGUGACAGGAAGAGGAAAGCAGUUGUUUCUCUUCAGGUGGAAAACAAGGCAGAGAAGAGAUUCAAAGGAGCUCUGAAGAAGGAAGAGGAGGAGCCAGUAGCUGUGACUCCAGUGCAGGACACUGAGGAUGAAGAAGAGAUGCUGAGAGAUUAUUUCCAGCUGAAUGUGAAGCUGGGGGAUCUAUACAAGGAAUGGGGAGCAGCGGACCCCCACUUCAAGCGCAUUGCAGACAUCUUCACAGGUGUGCGAAUGCUGCGCCAGGAUCCCUCCGAAUGUCUGUUUUCCUUCAUUUGCACCUCCAACAACCACAUCUCUCGUAUCCAAGGCAUGGUGGAGAGGCUUUGUGAGGCUCUGGGCUCCCCGCUGUGCCAACUAGAUGAAACAUCUUACUACAGCUUUCCUUCCCUGUCUGCACUCACAGACAGCAGCGUCGAGGCACGUCUCAGGGAUCUCGGUUUCGGAUACAGGGCUCGGUUCCUUCAGCAGAGUGCAAAGCAGAUUUUCGACACCCAUGGGCUCCAGUGGCUUGAAGGUCUACGCAGUGUCCCAUAUCCACAGGCCCGUGAUGCUCUGCGCACACUCCCUGGUGUGGGCACCAAGGUGGCAGACUGCGUAUGUCUGAUGUCCCUGGAUAAGGCAGAAGCCGUGCCUAUAGACACACAUGUGUGGCAGAUUGCUAAACGUGACUACAACUAUGCUUCUGGCAACGGACAAAAGAGCAUCACAGAUAAACUUCACAGAGAUAUUGGGGAUUUUUUCAGAAAACUGUGGGGUCCGUAUGCUGGUUGGGCACAGUCGGUGUUGUUCUGUGCUGACCUCAAGAAGUUCCAAAAGCUGAAGGAAAUGCCACAUCUGAAGCAGCCGAAGAAAGAGGAACAAAGUGAAGAAGAGAUUAGGGCAGCAAGCAAGAAAGCAAAAAUUAAGACGGAGGAAAAUGGAGCUGUGAAGAACACAAAGUCAGCACCUCAGAAGAAAGCAAAGAUGUCUGUCUAGAAUGAGAAAGUUAUUUCAGGUAAACAAGCAUCUUACAUCAAGACUCACAUCACAUUACAAUGCCACAUUUUUCUCACACUUUGGCUAACUUUUUUAAGAAAAACAACUGUAAUGAAAUAAAUACAUAGAACGGUAUUCUUGUCAUGAUAUGUAGCAAUUUAUUGCAAGGACAUUCUCAGGGUUUUCUCUUUAUGAUUGAUUGAUUGAUUCACUAUUUACGUGUCAUGCACAUAAUGUGCCCAACCCUCAUGGGUUUAUAAGACACCAUAAGAAAAAAAAAAGUUAAUGUUUUUUUUUACUGUGACCUAUUCUGUGUCUACCUUCCUAUGAGUUCAGUACUACAGUACUAAUACAAUGCACUGGUGCUUUUUAAAAAAUAAAGACA